GAGUUGCCGAGACUUUGCCAAUAUUUAUGUAACGUGCGCCACUUUUGCAUUCAAUCCCUUUUAAUAUAACCGUACAGUAUCACACGAGCAAUGUGGAAGACGAAGUAACAAAUCAAUCACCUUUGAACCACACCCUACAUCCCUAAAAUCCAAUCCAAACCAAAACCACCACCCUCUACUGCCAAAUGUCGGCUUCCAAUAGCCAACCAACCACAAAUCACGUCGCCGUUUUGGCAUUCCCUUUCGGAUCUCACGCUGGGCCCCUUCUCACACUUGUACGCAAACUCUCCGACGCCGCCCCACACCUACGAUUCUCCUUCCUCAGCACUGCCAAAUCCAACGACUCUGUUCUCUCCUCAAUUGGGAUCGAUAGAGUGAAGCGCUUUGACGUCGGCGAUGGGUUGCCCGAGGGUUACGUGUUCGGGCCGGGGAAACAGAUGGAAGUGAUGGAGCUGUUCUUGGAGGGGGCGGCGGAGAGGUUUAAGAAGGGGAUGGAGACGGCGGCGAGAGAGAUGGGUGAGGAAAUUGGGUGUUUGAUUAGUGAUGCAUUUUAUUGGUUUGCGGGUGAAAUGGCGGAGGAAAUGAAAGUUGGGUGGGUGGCGCUUUGGACGUCGGGGCCUCGUCCGUUACUCGUGCAUCUUCGCAUGGAUCUCAUUAGGGAACGUAUCGAUAUCAAUUCUUGUGAAUCAAGAGAAAAACCCUUGGAGUUCUUGCCGGGAUUCUCAUCAAUUCAGGGAGCCGAUUUACCUGAAGAAAUCCUAUCUCCGAACCUAGACUCACCCUUCACAAAUUUGCUACACAAAAUGAGCCAUCACCUUUCAAAAGCCACCUCUGUUCUCAUAAACUCAUUCGAACAAAUAGACUCACAAAUCAACGACCAACUAAACUCAACCCUGCAGAAUUACCUUAACAUUGGUCCACUCACCAUACUCUCACUUUCGCCGCCUCCCUCCGACGACCAUAACUGCUUACUCUGGCUCGACAAUCACACACCCAACUCCGUAAUUUACAUAAGCUUCGGUGGGUUCCUAUCACUACCACCGCACGAACUAACAGCACUAGCAGAUGCCCUGCAAGAGAGUCAAAUAGCAUUUCUAUGGUCUUUUAGGGGAAACCCAGAGGAAGAAUUACCAAAGCGGCUUCUCGAAUCAGGUAAAGGAAAAAUCGUCCCGUGGGCUCCUCAGGGGCAGAUAUUGAUGCAUUCAUCGGUUGGAGCCUUUGUGACUCACGGCGGUUGGAAUUCGGUGUUGGAAAGCAUUGUGGGCGGCGUUCCGAUGAUUGGGCGGCCUUUUCUGGGGGAUCAGAGGUUGAACCUAAAGACGGUGGAAAAUGUCUGGGGAAUUGGAGUGGGUUUAGAAGGUGGGUUUGUGACGAAGAGUGAGGUUUUGAAGGCGUUGGGAUUAGUUUUGGGUAGUGAAAAGGGAAAAUUUAUGCGGGAGAAAGCUGGUAUUAUUCGGGGUUUGGCUCUUAAAGCGGCGGAAUCCACCACCGGAAGUUCUUCUCGGAAUUUCAUCCGUUUAUUGGAGAUUGUAACCAGGUCAAUUUAAGUUCUUCUGAAAUAAGUUUAAUUAAUUUCCAAGGAUAUGGUUGGGUUCCUACAGAGCAUACCUUUUUUUUUUCUAUCGUCAGUGGAAAUUAUAGAAGAAAAAGAAGAAGAGGUCGGUGUGAUACAAAAAUGGAGGAUUUUCCUGGAGCUUUGAAGACCCCUCGAUGUGUUGCCGUUGCCCAAUUUAUGGUUUGGGUGAGGAAGAUGGCCCCAGUUCAGGCCCCUAGUCGUGUUCUUGAGAUUGUUGCCAUCUCUGUCUGUAGUUUGUUCGGUCAGUAGUGUUUUGUUUUAGGGAUUUUAUGAAUUUGACGUUGAAAUCUGUUGUGGAGAACUUAUGUUUCUAGCAUAAUUGGAUUAACUACUACAUGCAGUCUCUUUCUCCCUUGUGCUUAUGCACAUUUUUCUCUUUCGACA